CACAACGCUAUAAAUGCUUCACCCACGUACUACAAAUACAAAUAAUCGCCAACAGAACCUAAACACCUUUUCUGUCGGGUGCAUGGAAUGGACUUUGGGUCUUUGUUUGGAGGACGGACUGAGUUGCAACAGGGACCAAGUCAGCCAAACACUGAUAAUCUUUGAACUAAGCUGCUGCCUCCGACGGCCUGCGGGACUACCCAACGGUCGUCACAGGCCGCAGGUGAUCUUGGGCGUGACCUCAGUGGUCGACAUCCGACCGACCUAGCUGGUUCUGCGAUGCUCCUCCGCCAGACAUGGUCUAGAGUUGCUCUUCAGUGGACGGUGUGGGCGGCGUGGCUGACUUCCUCAGUGCACGCAAUCUCCAGGCAGCAGCAGCAACAGCAAGUGAAUAUUAAGACUAACGGAAGCCACUCGGUCUUGUUCAACACGAACCAUGCAGGCUCUACUACAGUACCUAACAAUGUAAUAAAUGCAACCUUCAUCAAUGGAUCACGCUCUUCAGAUAUAGAAGGUAUAACUGACCGAAGCAAGCCGUCAGGAGUGGUAACUACCAGGGUCACAGCCUUUGAUUCAGUCUCCCUCUUGUCGCCGUCUUCAGCAGGUGUCGAGUACUCUACGGCGUAUGUGGCUGCAAAGCCUGAUGUAGAAGACGGCACAAAACCACUGACGCACACAGCUUUUGUCAUGGUUAAUAAAACAAAACUAUGACAACAGCUCACAGAAAUAUUAAAAAAGAUAGGAAAGUUACAAAAACAAGAGUUCCCAUCUUGUCCCCGGGAAGCUCCCCCACCUCCAAUGGUGUAUCACAGGGCAUGUUCCUUACCACUGCCUUGAAGCUCAUAUUGACUUUCGUAGAAGCAGUAUUUCCACUUGUCCAAAUGACAUACUUGUUACCCAAAUGUGCCACAAAGAUCAGGGACAUCCUUGACACUGUCCUUGAACCUCAAGCUAUCAGAUACAUUUUUGGCACCACUGGAGUGUUUCAGCUCAUUAUUAAUGUUCUGGGAUUAUAAAUGUACUUGGUGGAACAAAUUGCUUCAUAAAAAGUAUUAAUAUACCAUCAGUUAUAUAGCUUAGAAAUCUAUGUAGCUGUAAACGCUUCAACGUUUAACUUAUAUUGGUAUACAUUACAGCGAAAAUCUGUGAUCCUUCAUGUUCCAUUAUUUUCUUUAGUGUACGUGGGCCUUAUUGAAGAAACGAUGUAUGUUCCUCAUUGAAUGAAAAUCGGAGUACAAUAAGGAUUGUGGGCUUGACAUUUGGGAAAAAAAUCCAUUUUUUUUUUUACUCCAAUGGAUAUAUCAAUAUCAGUGUAAAUCUAUCCCAAAAUCAUAAACGGCACACAUUUAAAAAAUAAAUCCUGAAAGAUCAUUGUAUAUUUUUUGCAUGCCUGGCAUGCCGUACCAAUGUGUAAAAUAAAUCUUCCCAAGUUCA